CGCCAUAAUUUAUUUUUGCCAAAAGACGUUAAUUUAAAAUUUAAUGCAAUAUUUCUCUUUUCUCUCUCUCCCUUUCCUUUUUUUAUUUUUUAUAAAUUUCUAAUUUUUUUAAUUAAAGGAUUUUAUAUUUUUUGGUAUGCGGCUGCUUGUUGGUCGUAUAUUAAAAUAUUCCUUAGUCGGUCUCACUACAGGAACCUCAAUUUAUUAUCUCCACAAAAAUGAUUAUUCUUUCUCACAUAUUGGAAUUGUUAGAUUUGCUCGAGUUGGUGUAGCUAGCCAAACAAUGAUUGACUACAAAUGGAGUCUUUGGGGUUUAGAAGUUGAUUCUCCAAUUUAUGACGAAAAAAUACAAAAAUGCCAUCAACGCGGAGCUGAUAGAUUGCUUGCUUUAGCGAGGAGAAAUGGAGGAGUUUUUAUUAAGGUAGGACAACACAUUGCUUCCCUUCAAUAUUUGCUACCCGAGCCUUACACAAAAACUCUCUCAGUGCUUCAUUCAAAUGCUCCAGAAAGCUCUAUUGAAGAAAUAAAUCUGUUUUUGAGAAGACUCAAUGACGUCUUUGAUGAAUUUAAUUCUCAACCCUGUGGAGCAGCUUCCCUUGCUCAAGUUCACAAAGCUCGUCUAAAAUCCACCGGUGAAUACGUUGCUGUCAAACUUCAACACCCCCAUGUUAGAGCGCGUAGUAUUGUUGAUAUAGUUACAAUGGAGUUAUUUGUUGGAAUUGCUGCUUUUGUUUUCCCAAAUCUUCGUUUAAAUUGGUUAGUUAAUGAAAUGAAAAGGAAUUUACCUAUUGAAUUGGAUUUUGUUUAUGAGGCUGCUAAUGCUGACAGAGUUAGGCAAAUGUUUGCACAUUUGCCGUUCUUAAAGAUCCCAAAAAUAUAUUACGAACUUUCAAAUGAUAUGGUUCUCACUAUGGAAUUUUGCGAAGGUGGAAAAAUUAAUGACUUGGAAUAUUUCAAAGCUAAUAAGAUUGAUAGGCAUAAAGUCUGUAAAAUGUUGGGUAGAAUUUACAGCGAAAUGAUUUUUAAACAUGGAUAUGUCCACAGUGACCCACACCCUGGUAAUAUUUUUGUAAGAUUUACUCCUGAUGGGAAUGAAGAAAUUAUUUUACUCGAUCACGGACUUUACGUUACUUUACCAGAUGAUCUACGCAUUGAUUAUGCCCAUCUUUGGCUGGCAAUUUUAAAGGCGGACAAGAAUAAAAUCCAAAAAAUUAGUGAAAGAAUGAAUGUUGGUUCUCAAUAUGGCCUUUUAGCAUGUGUUGUUUCUAUGCGUUCUUGGGAUGCUGUUAGUAAAGGAAUUAUUAAAACAAAAAGAAAUGAACAUGAGAUUAGAAGAGUUCAAAAUUUUGCUGCGUCUUUAAUUCCUCAAAUAUCUUUACUGCUUGACUCCCUUCCACGUCAAAUGUUACUUUUACUAAAAACUAAUGAUUUGCUCAGAAGUAUAGCUCUUAGAUUAAAAGCCGAGCAUAAUUUGGAUAGUUUUACUGAGGUUUGUUUCUUUUAUAAAUUAUUUGACUGA